AUGGAGCAUCCUUUCUUCAUCAACAAUGGCCCUCCAACAAAUCGAUCAGAAGCUUUACGUUUUCUGUCAAUCGCUGAAAAGCUAUUAACAAAUCGUGACCUAGUUGGUAGCAAGUCAUUCGCGACCCGGGCUCGUGAUGCCGACCCGACAUUUGCACCUGCUACCGACCAAGUACUCGGCAUCGUUGAUACUUUGAACGCCGGCGACAAACGUAUAAACAAUCAUCACUUUGACUACUACUCUAUUCUCCAAAUCCCUCAUAACCAAACCCAGAAUGUGGAUUUCAUCGCUGAGCAGUAUCGAAGGUUUGCGCUUUUACUAAACCCUCAGAAUAACAGUUUUCCGUUUUCUGAUCAGGCUUUUCGUCUUGUUGUUGAUGCGUUUUCGGUUCUUUCUAACCCUAUGAGGAAAAGUAUGUAUGAUAAGGAGUUGGGUUUCUUUCUUAACCUAUACCCAGUUGCUGCUUCUACUGCACCUACUUCUAAUUUUGUGCAUCAGAAUGUUUAUCAGUCAAUGCCUAGUUCGAAUGCAGACCAAAUGUUUGUGAAUUUGCCUAGUCAAGAUGCUGCUGGAGUAAGCUUUAGUAGAGACCCACAAGCUGGAAUUUCUAUGCCACCCACGUUUCUGACUCGUGAGCAAGAAACUGUGACCUCUAUGGAAAGCUCGGAUAUUGAGCAGCAGCAACAGCAACCACAACAACCUGUAACGUUUCUGAGACAACAGACACAACCUGUGACUUCUAUUUCAUUUUCGAACACUGAUGAAAAACCUGCUACAUUCUUGAGUUUGAACCAACCACAGCCGGUAACCUCUGUGAGAAGCUUAAAUAGAGAAAACCCACCUGUUGGUGUCCGGUUGAGCUCGACACAAGGGCGGGAACCAGUGGUUACUGUAGAGCAGCAUGGGAAUCAACAGCUCCCAGAGAGAAAUGAGAAUGUGGUGGGGAACAAUGCAAAUAAGUCUGCUAGUACUAGUGAUGAUGUGAAGGAGAAGGAAGGGAAUGUAGAUGGAUCAGGUAAGAGGAUUCCCAGUUUCUGGACUGCAUGUCCUUAUUGUCUUAUUAUGUAUGAGUACUCUCUGGAUUAUGCUAAUUGUAAUUUAAGGUGUCAAAAUUGUAAGAAAGGUUUUCAAGCUGUAAAAAUUGCGUCUCCUCCUCCAAAUAUUGAUGGAAAAGAAAUUAAUUUUUGUUGUUGGGGAUUUAUGCCUUUUGGAUUGUCUUUGGAGGAUUUUAAUAGAAAUAUAGAUAACACUUCGAGCUGGUCUCCAUUUUCGCCCAUGUUUACCUCUCCACAAUUUGGGGGGGAUGGAGGGAGUAAUGUGAACAGUCAUGCUAUUGGAGGACAGAUUAAUGUGAAUAAUCUUGGCAGUUCGCUUAAUGCUGGUGGAUCGAUAAGUGGGGAUGGACGAAAGCAUUUUGCUCCGACAAUAUAUGUUGAAGAUGAUGAUGAUGAUGAUGAUGAUGUGUUUGUUGAGGUAUCCAAGUCAGUCGAGGAGUCAGAUGGGGAUUGGAAUCGGAGUAAGGAGAGGAAGAAAGCAAAUAAUGUGAAGAAAAAGAAUGCAAGGACUGGAACCCCAAGAAAAAAUGCCAAGAAACAGCACACUGAUAAGGCAAAAACUGUUGAAGGAAAUAAUGAUGGCAAUUUGCAAGAUGGUUUAGCAACUCAAGGUGGUGUGGAAAUAUCCCAUGCUGUAACAGUUGAGUCAAGUAACAGAGGCGUCACUAGUAAGACAAGAAGGCAACGUGGGAGGGUUGCAAAACACUUCGGGAAUUUGGAUUUGAAUGUGGAGUUCAGUAAUGAGGUUGAGGAGCCUAUAAUUCAGAUGAGCCGAGAAAAUGAAGCAGGAGAGGGAGAAGAUGAUACUGUUGAAGUAAUUGGGUUUUUUGAAGGUCUUGAUGAAUUCCUUAGCAGUCUUCCUAUACUCAAUGCUGUGGAUGGUGAUAAGGUAGAGGCUGCCUAG